CCAUUGGGUGAGCCCUUCCAAGGGCACACCGAUUCCGUUUCGUCAGCCUCGUUCUCGCCUGAUGGCACUCGCAUCGUGUCUGGUUCUUGGGAUUCCACUGUCCGGCUCUGGAAUGCGACGACAGAACAGCAAUUUCAAGAGCACACUGAGAUCCACUCCUCUGCAUUCUCUUUGGACGGAUGUUCCGCCACACCUUGCAAACGGGAUACUAUCAUGUUGACCAACACUCAGAACAAUCGCACCAUUUGCUUCGCAUCAAGCUUGGAACAUGCAUUGCAAAACCCUGCCCAGCUGCUCCAGGACACCCCUCAUGUUAAUCCGAAUCCUGUCUCUUUGGAAGAUGGAUGGAUGGUAGGAGCCCAUCGUCAGCUGCUUUUCUGGGUACCGCCCGCUUCUCGAAAACCAUUUUAUUCUCUUGGGACUGUGUUUGUGAUGCCCAGUGGGUUAGAUAUUGAUCUGAGCCGCAUGCCUCAUGGAGAACACUGGUCGAAUUGCCGAGAUGUCGCUGCUUGCCAAUGAUCCCGUUGUAGUAAUACCGAGUGCAUUGUUCUAUGUCAAUCCUAUAUCUGCUAUCGAACUUGAAUUUGAAGUUGUUCGGGCUGCUCGCGGCAGAGUCCGCUACGGUCGGUUUUUGG